AUACGGUGACCCCGGCACUGUCCGGUUCACUGCACCCAAAAUGGCGGCCAGCGACGAUCAUGUCGAGUAUAACUGGUACAAGGGGAUGCGUCUCGCUAGUCACCUUGUACCUGAAGACAUGGACGACAUUCAGGACUUCGUCGUUCGAGACGAUGACGUCUUUAUCAUCACGUAUCCCAAGUCAGGAACAGCCUGGUUACAGCGCAUCGUUUCUCUGCUGCAUUUCGGCGGCGACGUUUCGAAGACUGACCAGAAAGAACAAGACGAACUGGUGCCUUACUUUGAACAGAAGUGUGGGGAUAGCGCCACCUUUCGAAAACUACCGGAAGCUCCGUCACCAAGGUUGCUGAAGAGCCAUCUUAACUUCUGUCAUGCUCCUGUGCAACUUACGCAGGGGAAAGGAAAAGUUAUUUACGUCGCCAGGAACCCAAAAGAUGUCGCGGUCUCCUAUUAUCACUUCCACUUCAUGGUGACAACACUCAAGAACCCCACAUCCUGGGAACAGUUCGUACAGGACUUCGUCAACGGCGAUUUGAGCAGGGGUGCGUGGCACGAUCAUGUGUUGGAAUGGUGGCAACAUAAGGACAACCCAAACGUGUUAUUCCUCCGGUAUGAAGACCUACAAAAGGACACCAGGAAGGAGGUGGAGAAAGUGGCAGAGUUCCUGGGCUGGUCUGUGACCCCGGAAGUGAUUGAUACGGUCGUGGAACACAGCAAGUUCAAGAAAAUGGCGACCAAUCCUACCACGAACAAGGUUGACGGGAAGGAGGUCAAAGGGGGGAUAUUUGACUCAUCGAAGGGAACUUUCUUUAGAAAGGGUGUAGUCGGUGACUGGAAGUCUCACUUCAGUGACGAGCAGAGUCAGUGGUUUGACGCCUUCUACAAGGAAAAACUGGGGCCAACUGGACUACAGUUCGACUUUGAAGGAUAGGUCCAAAAGAUAUUACAUUGUACAA